GGCAUGUCCUCAGUGGGAUGUGCUUCCAGGGAUCCUUCUGCUCUCUCACUGGGAAGAGGGUCUCUUUCUGGCUGGGAUGGCAGCUGUGCCACUGGUUUGGGCCAGGAGAGUGGUUCUCUUCUGGCACAGCAGUGAGCAGCCCAGAGCCCUGCAGCAGCAGUUCUCAGAGUGGAAGUGUGACUCAGCAGUGCCACAAGGCACAGAUCGAGCCUGGACGUGCUGCCCAGAGGGCUGGAGGAGGUUUCAAAGAAGCUGCUAUUUCCUGUCCCGUGAUAAGAUGAACUGGGCUGAGAGUGAGCAGAACUGCACUGGGAUGGGCUCCCAGCUGGUGGUGAUCAACAGCAAGGCAGAGCAGGAAUUCCUCUUCAAGCAGAUAAAACAACCUCCACAAAGAAAGAAUUUCUACAUUGGUCUGUUUGUGGACAAGGAGGGCCAGUGGCAGUGGGUGGACAAGACUCCAUAUAAUGUGACAGCAGCGUGAGUAUCUGAGGAUGAAGAGUGUUUGGUGUGACCCCUGGUAGGGAAAGAAAGGAGGACAGAUAU